ACUCCAACCAUCUAAAUUUGGCACUCUCGCAGGAGUACGCCUUACAUACCUAUCACUUAUAGUAUUCCGCAACAUGGGCACUAGGGCGAUUUUUGCUUUCGUGGUGAUGGCUGCCAUUCUCCAAGGCAGUGCGUUUGCUGCCAGUGGAAAGCCCAGGCGUGAGCUUCUCACGCAUCGUGUGCAAGCUGUGAAGCCAACUAUUGGCAGCGGUUGGAGAGCACGGGUGAACAGCAGGAUUGCUAGCGCCUCCAUUUCCACUGCUUCUAGCAGCACUACUGCUACUACUGGUGCCAGUGGUAGCAGCAUCAGCACUGGAAGCGAUGCAGCUACUGUAACCGAAGCGGCAGCAACGUCGUCCAACACUGCAACUGCAAGGGUUGCCGCAGCAGGUGUAGGGAAUUCAUCGCUGGGAGCGCAUCCCGCAGCAGUCAGUGCAACGCUGGGGACGACCACAGUGGGCACUAGUGCCACUUGUGACGCGUCAUCGCUCGCUGACUAUGCCUCUUCAACGCAGCUGUCCUCCGAUCUCACUCUCCACUGGAAGGCAGCCAGUGCGACCAAGGUCAACCUUGCCCUUGAAGCAGCAGCGGGGAGCUCGGCAGCAGCGGGGUGGUUCUCUGUGGCGUGGUCCUCAGAUGGCCGCAUGGCCCCAGCUGACACUGUUUUUGGCAACCUGCCGGGCGGGGCUGUGGCGGCUUACUACAUGAGCGGCUAUGGGAUGAGCGACGUUCAGCCUACAAGCAGCUUCAGUAUUGGCAACGCUGUCCAAACUACAUCGGCUUCCGGCUCCACUAUUAUUGAGUUCUCCCGCGUUUCCAGCGAUGGUUCCAUCCCAGUGAACGUUGGCGGCAGCAACACUCUCAUCUGGGCCUACUCUGAAAGCGGCUCCAAGUCACUUGACUUCCACGGCGAGAAUGACUACACCUACUCUGCCCCCCUUGACUCCUCUCUCACGCUACACUGGAAGACCGUUAGUGCUACUCAGGUCAACCUCGCCCUGGAGGCAGCAGCGGGCAGCACGGCAGCAGCGGGGUGGUUCUCCCUGGCGUGGACUGCGGACGGCCGCAUGGCCCCGGCUGACACUAUCAUUGGCAACCUGCCGGGCGGGGCUGUGGCGGCUUACUACAUGAGCGGCUAUGGGAUGAGCGAC